AUCACUCGUUUGUUGACUUCCCCUCAUCUUCGUAGCAUCCCCACCGCACCAUGUUCGAAUUAUGUAGGUACAUGCAAAUAAGUGUCCGAUCGGUUCGUUGACGACCACAAGAACGAGAGGUUGCGUCUUCUGGAAGUUAUUAGCAGACAUGGGCGUGUAACGCAAGGAAGACUAGUUGACUUCCAUUUGUGGCCGAUAACGUGAUGCCUGAGGUCCGGGACCUUUCUGAGGCGUUGCCAGAGAUGCCCAUGGACCCCAUUACUGGAGUUGGUGUUGUAGCUUCCAGGAGCCGGGCACCAACUGGUUAUGAUGUUGUUUCAACAACAACAGAUGGUCUGGAUGCUGAUCUGUGGAAAGAUGGACUUUUCAAAUCCAAGGUGACCCGGUACCUGUGCUUUACCAGGGUCUUCUCUAAGGAAAAUAGCCAUUUAGGAAAUGUUCUUGUUGACAUGAAGCUGAUUGAUAUAAAGGACACCCUCCCUGUAGGGUUCAUUCCAAUCCAGGAGACUGUUGACACUCAAGAGCAGGCAUUCAGAAAGAGGCGACUCUGCAUCAAGUUUAUUCCACGAGACUCGACAGAAGCAGCCAUCUGUGACAUUCGUAUCCUGGGAAGGUCCAAGCAGGCUCCACCUCAAUACACCUUUAUCGGAGAACUAAACAACAUGGGUAUCUGGUAUCGCAUGGGUACUGUACCACGAACUCAGGACACGGCUCACACAUCGCCUGUGAAUGACGUCCAGAAUAUGAAUUCUACCUCAACUUCCUCUUCUGUCCCAGCACCUCCACUCACCAAGAAUAUUUCCAUGACCCUUCCUGCCAGUUUCAGAGGGAAAAAUGCUACCAGACCAGAUUACGAGCACCAAAACUCCAACCUCUAUGCAAUCUCAGCAAUGGAUGGAGUGCCCUUUAUGAUCUCCGACAAGUUUGCAUGUGCCUCAUCAGAGUUGCAGCAGGUGGACCUCAUUGGCAUUACGAUCAAAACGUUGGCUGAGAUUGAGAAAGAGUAUGAUUACAGUUUUCGCACAGAGCACAGCGCUGCAGCCCGCCUCCCUCCCAGUCCAACUCGGACCUCACUGAGCUCUGAGGCCUGAAGAAUCCGCUUCAAAACCCACUAUUGAGGGCAACCCCACUUGGACUCAAGUACACUCCACUGACCCACAGCUGUGUCCAGAAGGCAAAUACUAGUUUGACUUUUGAUCCUUCUCGAACUAAAAUACAGGUGUUUAAUGUGAAGAGAACCACUCCACACAGCUGAGGUAGAAAUGUAAUGACGUAGCUCAGAGGAAAUGUAGACCGAUUCAUAACCUUAAACAUUGUGUUCUUUGAAAAAUGUAUUUCUUGUUCUGUGUCUGGCAGCGGCAAAACAAAACAAACUCCAAUGCGAUGGACUUCAAUGAAAUGAACUGUGUAUUUCUACCAGUUGUUUUAAAAAAAUGGCUGGAGCCGUAAAGCUUUUGCCGUCUGAUUUAUACUGAUAUUUAUUAGACAUUGUAUUUUCUUUUUAGGAUGCUUCAGUAACCAUACUUAAUGUUUAAUGCUUGCAUGCUUGCUGAAACUGUUAAUGAGCCAACACUGACUGACUUGUUCUUUAAAAUUGUUUAUUGCUCUAACUAAGAGACGAUAACCGGUGUUUUUGUCAGGUGUUUUUAGAGCUUAACCCAACAGUAUGCUUGCUUUUUUUAAAUAUUUUUUUAACCAUACAAUUGCACUCAAAGUUAUUGUAACCUCACAGGAAAUUAUAUUUAUUUGGAACAAACUAAAGAAAUGUAAAUACCCAAAAUUAAAUCCAAACAUUACAAAUUAGAACUGGAAAUCUCAGGGUACCUGAAGAUACGACACGAUAUGCGAUACAUAACUCACAGUACUUCAAAAUUCCGGGCAGGUUUCGAUAAAUCAGGCUCAUGACUUUGGAAAUAAAUUAGGGCCAAAUGUUUUUUACUUGAAAAAUGUGCUUUGAAACUGAAAAAAUUAAGUUUUGAUGUUGAAUUUUGUAAAAUACAUCAGUGUGUAUACAAAAUAAAAAUAAGUGCACACAUAUUUAUUCAGGUUUAAUUGAACUAUGAUUCACUGUGGUCAUUUUUCACUUUCAUAUAUUAUAUUCAAGCUUCUGUUUUUUCAGAUUAUUCUUCUCUUCUAUUUUUUUUUUGU